AUGAAGUUUGUUUGUUUUUGUACAGCUUUGUUUGUUUGUUUGUGUACAGCUGUGGUGAGCACGGUGGAGGUGAUGGUGGGUAGCACAGCAUCUCUGCCUUGUAAAGCAACUCUACAUCCACACAGUGAUUCACCAAACUUGCUGCUCUUCUACAGACACGCGUCUAAUAUCCCAUUUUUCAGUUACGAUGCUCGUAACGGAGACUUCUGGCGUGUUGGCGUCUGGAAGAUCCGUGACUCUCGCUACGACGGUCGCGUCUCCUUGAACGUAACGCAACCUGAGCGAGUCCACCUGAACCUACAGAGUGUGACCCUGGAGGACCUGGGUGACUUUACUUGUCGGGUGGACUUCCUUAGUUCACCCUCACUCACCUCUGUUGUCAAACUUAAGGUCUAUGCCAGGCCGAGCAGAGGUCCCGUAGUGAAGGUGGAUGGGAGUGCUGGAGAAGUGGAAUCUUCAGUCAAGUUAUGUUCUGACAUGGGACCCUUCCAUGAAGGAGAGUUACUUAACUUAUCGUGCACCGUCACUGGCGGUUUCCCAGCGCCGAGAGUAACGUGGUGGCAUGGUACGAAUCUGCUAGAUAACACCAGUUACCUUGUGAGCAGUAGCAGCAGCAGCAGCAGUAGCAGCAGCAGUAGCAGCAACGUCAGUGAUGAUCUACCAUACACUGUGAACGACGUGAUGGUAGGACCCCUCACAAGGGACCUGGUACAAGUGCCUUUCACUUGUACGUCAGAAAAUAACCCGCUCUCUCCUCCUAUGGACUGCACCAUCCAUCUUAAAAUACACAUGGCACCACAGAUGGUGGAGUUAACGAAGGCAGCAACAGUGCAGGCAGGAGUGGAGGAGCGUCUUCAUUGUAAGGCCCGGGACGCCUUCCCUGAAGCCAACAUUACCUGGACGCUGGACGGCAAGAAACUUAAUUUUACUACAAAAGAGACGCGGCAGGUCGGGAGGGACACAGUGUCAUGGGUUACAUUUAUCGUCACACACAAGGAGAACGGUGCAGUGCUGACGUGUACAGCUUCGUCUUCUACACUACCAGAUCCUCCUGUCUCCACCAGUACCACACUUAAUGUUACACACGCUCCACUAGUACGUCUGCAGCUGGGGUCGUCGCUAAGACCACAUCACAUACGUCAAGGAGAUGAUGUGUACUUUGAGUGUCAUGUGGUGGCCAACCCUCCAGUCCAGCGCAUCACCUGGUACAAGGAGGAGAAGGAGGUUCGACACCACAAGAGAGCAGGGGUGCUGGUGGGAGGAAGGAAUUUGGUGUUGCAGAGUGUUGAGCGACCAGACGCCGGUACCUACACCUGCAAAGCUGGCAACACUGUAGCAACAUCUCGUAGCAACCCUCUCACGCUCAGUAUACAGUAUGUGCCGAUGUGCGCGCAGGAGCGCAGGAUGGUGACAGCAGUGGAGGGGGAGGUGGUGACGCUACAGUGUACAGUGGAUGCUUACCCAGCUAACCUGACCUUCAACUGGCUCUUCAACAACACUGUGGACUCCACCAGCUUCAGGCCCGGUGAGUACACUGUGACUGGCUCCAUGUCCAGGCUUCGUUACGUAGCCUACUCUGCCAGGGACUACGGCACAGUCUUCUGCUGGGCCUCUAACAUCGUGGGUCACCAGAAAGAUCCUUGCGCCUUCACACUUCAGCCCGCAGGUGCUCCUGACAGCGUCAGAGAUUGUGUACUGACCAAUCAGUCAGUGGGAUCACUACACAUCACCUGUCAGCCAGGAGCUGACGGUGGACUGACACAGACCUUCAGGUGAAGCGAGGUAUACAUGGGAGGGUCAGCUAAGCCAGUCAGAGUCCUAGAAGGAAGGUCUCCCAACUUCACUCUCGGGGGUCUUGCUCCAGGGGAAGACUAUGUGGUCACCCUCACUGCUAUCAACCGCAAGGGUUUAUCUCCUCCUGUGUCCCUGGAGGCUUUCACUCUUAAAGUGGCAGAGAACAGGUUGAUGUCUUCCCGUGUCGUGGGGACAGUCUCUGGAGUGUCCAACAUACAGCCAGAGCCCGAGGAGUCUGCUGCUGGGGCAGUGUCUCCACUCCUGGGAGUUUUCUUGGGAGUUGUUGGAGUCUUCCUCCUUGUUGUCACAGCUGCCGUCUUCAUCACCCGUCGUCAGUGUUCCCGCGGGGCUGCACGUACUCCAGACCUGGUAGCUGGACAAGGGAUGAAGUGUAGCCAGGUGUUGACCAACAAUGUUACUGAUGCAGUGUUGUUUGCACCAGGGAUGGAGUGUAGCCAGGUGUACACCAACAAUGUUACUGAUGCAGUGUUGUUUGCACCAGGGAUGGAGUGUAGCCAGGUGUACACCAACAAUGUUACUGAUGCAGUGUUGUUUGCACCAGGGAUGAAGUGUAGCCAGGUGUUGACCAACAAUGUUACUGAUGCAGUGUUGUUUGCACCAGGGAUGGAGUGUAGCCAGGUGUACACCAACAAUGUUACUGAUGCAGUGUUGUUUGCACCAGGGAUGGAGUGUAGCCAGGUGUUGACCAACAAUGUUACUGAUGCAGUGUUGUUUGCACCAGGGAUGGAGUGUAGCCAGGUGUUGACCAACAAUGUUACUGAUGCAGUGUUGUUUGCACCAGGGAUGGAGUGUAGCCAGGUGUUGACCAACAAUGUUACUGAUGCAGUGUUGUUUGCACCAGGGAUGGAGUGUAGCCAGGUGUACACCAACAAUGUUACUGAUGCAGUGUUGUUUGCACCAGGGAUGGAGUGUAGCCAGGUGUGCACCAACAAUGUUACUGAUGCAGUGUUGUUUGCACCAGGGAUGGAGUGUAGCCAGGUGUACACCAACAAUGUUACUGAUGCAGUGUUGUUUGCACCAGGGAUGGAGUGUAGCCAGGUGUACACCAACAAUGUUACUGAUGCAGUGUUGUUUGCACCAGGGAUGGAGUGUAGCCAGGUGUACACCAACAAUGUUACUGAUGCAGUGUUGUUUGCACCAGGGAUGGAGUGUAGCCAGGUGUACACCAACAAUGUUACUGAUGCAGUGUUGUUUGCACCAGGGAUGGAGUGUAGCCAGGUGUACACCAACAAUGUUACUGAUGCAGUGUUGUUUGCACCAGGGAUGGAGUGUAGCCAGGUGUACACCAACAAUGUUACUGAUGCAGUGUUGUUUGCACCAGGGAUGGAGUGUAGCCAGGUGUACACCAACAAUGUUACUGAUGCAGUGUUGUUUGCACCAGGGAUGGAGUGUAGCCAGGUGUACACCAACAAUGUUACUGAUGCAGUGUUGUUUGCACCAGGGAUGGAGUGUAGCCAGGUGUACACCAACAAUGUUACUGAUGCAGUGUUGUUUGCACCAGGGAUGGAGUGUAGCCAGGUGUACACCAACAAUAAAAGGGAUGUCAUCCACAACUCGGCUCAACUGAAAGAAGCUGAACAAGUACAAGUCAGGUCUGAGUGCAGUUCAGGUACAGCGUCUACUCCAGGCAGUGUGGGUAGUGGGUCGGUAUUCACAAUACCCGCCCACAUCCCACCCCCACCACAAUAUUGUUCGGCUGCUUGUAGCGACCUGUCACCCACCCAGCACGCACUGCAACACUCCUCUCAACCCCAACACACUACCUCUUGUUCUCCAGGUAUCCUGCACUCCAGCCCGUGCUUCUCGCUUACCCAGCACACGCUCCAACAAUCCUCGGAUAGUCAUAUCAGUCUGCAACAUGCUCAAGGUAUCCCGCACACUUUGGAAGGAUCAUCUACUUUAGAGAAUUACGUGCAGCUGUCUUCCUCGCUGGAGAGUGGUGCAGGGUGUUACCCAGCCAGAGCAUCGCCACUAGUACCUAUCCAGCACCAUGGGCCUCUCGUCUCCACCACAGAGACAGAGGAUGCCAUGCAGUGGCAGCUGGAGCUUCCUCAUGGACCAAACCCAGUAGCUGUCCACUAUGUGCAGCUUCAUCCAGGUUUAGCUGGGGACGCGCCACCCACUUAUGCCACAACUCACAUGGGAUCCCAACUCACUAUUACUCCAGCUAACAUAAGCAACCCUUCGGCGCAUAUGGAAGCAUCGCAUCACAUGGGUCCCGGGGCCAGGAUUAGCCAAGAGGCAAAAGGAACACAACCUCAGAUGUCUUUAGUGUCACAGAAAAGUAGAGAGUACGCUGAUAAGCUCCCUUACAUGGUGUCACAGAGCAGUAUAGAACAUAAAAGUGAGCCCUCUAACACGGUGUUACAAGGCAGUGUAGAGUAUAUUGGGAAGACCAUGAACAUACACUCUAGUCCUAAGAGCAGAGCCAGGCACAUCACCUGGACUGGUGGCUCUGCUCAGGGAGAGGAAAGUUCUGUAUAA